UCAAAGGGAAUGUCUUUGAUAUCCCUCGAUAAAGAAUUACAUUGUCGUCGUCUCUUGAUCCCCUUGCUCAUUUACAGAUGCGAUCUCACCGACAGCAUAUAAAUACACAUUUUUUGCCCCUCUCUCUCUGUCUAUCCUCACCAUAAACUUCACUCACAAGAACUCUACUCCCAAACUCAAACAAACCUACAAACCCACCAAAAUGUGUAAGUACACCUACCACCACUACGUCCAGUGCGGCCACAUCGCCACCUUUACCGUGGACAGCUGCUGGAGACUGGUCGAACAGCUGCGCCAAGGUCCCACACAAGUCACCAACUGCCUCAACAUCGAGCGCCACGACCUGCUCCCUCAGGACGAAGCCUACAUGUGCAACCAGUGCCGGCCCGCAUAUCUCGAGCGCAUCCGCGAGAAACAGUUCAAGUCGAUGCGCCCAUCAAGCGAGACCAGUGACACCUCCUCGUCGUCUCCAGCUUUCACCCAGCUGGAAGGGCUCGGCGACUCAUUUAUCACCAUCACGGCGGAUUUCAAGAUGACCGUCGAGCAGGAGGGUCGAGCUGUCUACCUCUCGCCUGAUCCGGAGUCCCGCCAGCCGGAAGCUAAAGCUUCACCUGGCGAGCUGCCCGGAUCGGACAACCGACCCUCUUCUCCUCCCAGUGCUUUUACAUUCUUCGAGGUGCCAAAAUAUGAACCUCGUGCGAAGAAGAAUAGCCCCGCCGCCCCCGCCGCCGCCCCCGUCCCUGUCCCCGUCCCCGCCGACGACGACGUCUCUGAUAUCUGGCUGGAGAUCUCCCAGCCUAGAGAAAGCAGUGGGUUUUACGACUCUGAUUCCGACGAUACUUACCCCGACCUGGGAGAGGUAACGGACUCGGAAGAAGAAGAAGAGCAACCUGAAGCAAAGCCACAAGAAGAAAAAUCCAAACCCGAAGAGAAGAGAUCUUUCUUCGGCCCCGCCUUCAUCCCCUUCAUGUCACCACCCGCGAGCCCCAAAGGCAUUUUUAGGUCCGCCGCAGACCCCGUUCUCGACAUCGUCUCCGACGACCCCCGCGUCAAGGAACCCUGGUACCCGUUCUGCAACAGCCCUCUCAAGAACGAGCCAGCCCCGCGCACCUUCCUGCAGUCGCCCACUCCGCGCCGCACGCGCAUCUCCCACAUUCUCGAUCCGAGCGAGUACGACGACGAUGUCAAGUCGCUGUCUAUCGGAACGGGGUUCCAGUCGGAGAGUUCGCUCCGGGCUACUAACGGUUCGGUGGAGAAGAAGAGGGAGGUGGGUAGGAAGGUGUUGGAUCAUAUUUGGGGGGGGCCUGGUCUCUUCGGGAGUGGGAUGCAGGUUAGGGCUGUUGCUUUUCUCUCUUCCUCUGGCACUUUCACCGUAGCAGUCUUGAUUCUAAUAAACCCAGCACAAAUCAACGAAAUGCAGUCCCCAAACCCCAGCCCUAGUAACGUCCGCUCUCCAGCCGAAGAACCACCCUCCAACACAUUCUUCGACGUACCACUCUCAGAAUCACCACCUGAACCAUCCCCUCCAGCCUCAGGCGGAAGCACCGACCCAGACGACGGCGACCACUACGACUGGAUCGAAGCACAACAUGUCCAGCAACCAUUACACGAAGAAGAAGGCGUUUUGGUUGAAGAAGCUGAGAUUGAAAUUGCAGAAUACAUCUUCAACAACGACGAUGACGACGACGACAGCCUUCCUGGAUAUAACAGCCCCAGCGAAGACAUGCCCAUACCCAUUGUUGACAUGGAUGCGCACGCGUCUGAUCUGCGGCAUGCUCUGAUUGAAGAUCGGUUGCCUGAGGUCGAAGAUAGUUUGGAAGAUGAUGUCUGGAUGGUGUGGCUACUGGGGGAGGAGAGGAGGGAGUUCUCUCUGGAUGUGUAUCUUGGGGAGUGGAUUUAG